AUGACUUGGCACAAUGACCAUGCAAAUGAUGAUGGAGUGAUGCGUCAUUCUUCAGAUGCUCCUGCUUGGAAGCAUUUCAAUCAAACUCAUCCAACCUUUGCAAUGGAGGCCCGAAAUGUAAGACUCGGCCUUUGCACUGAUGGAUUUCAACCAUUCGGUCAAUCUGGGCAACAGUAUUCCUCAUGGCCAGUAAUAUUAACUCCAUACAAUUUGCCACCAGGUAUGUGUAUGAAAGACGUGUAUAUAUUCCUGACAAUUAUUAUACCUGGUCCCAAGAAUCCAAAAGAGAAGCUUGAUGUGUACAUGCAACCAUUAGUGAAGGAAUUGAAAGAACUUUGGGAAAUUGGUGUCAAUACUUACGAUGCUUUCCAACAGAACAAUUUUACUAUGCGUGCUACUUUACUUUGGACUAUUAGUGACUUCCCUGCUUAUUCAAUGCUUUCAGGUCAUCGGAAGUUUUUGCCUGACGACCAUGCUUUCCGUCGAAACAAGAUAUCUUUUAUUAAAAACCGAACUGUCUCCAAGUCAUCGCCGCCAAUUAGAACUGGGAAAUACUUGCUAAAAGAAAUUGAACAAAUUGGGUUGAUGCGGAUAAUAGAUAUUGACAGUCAUGAAAUAAAUGGUCGGCUUUCAAAGACAACUGGUUGGCGUAAGCGGAGCAUACUGUGGGAUUUGCCAUAUUGGUCAACAAAUAUGAUUCGCCACAAUCUUGAUGUAAUGCACAUUGAAAAGAAUGUAUUUGAAAAUAUUUUUAAUACAGUGAUGAAUAUUGAGGGGAAGACGAAAGACAAUAUAAAAUCAAGAGAAGAUUUAAAUGAAUUAUGUAGGAGACCAGAAUUAAAGAAAGACCCAAUUAGCAUAAAAUAUCCUAAAGCAAGUUAUUGUUUGGACAAGCAAUCAAAGAUUAUACUGUGUGAUUGGCUUAAAACACUGAAAUUCCCUGAUGGAUAUGUUUCCAAUCUAGGGAGAUGUGUUGAUAGUCGAAAGCUAAGACUUUUUGGUAUGAAAAGCCACGACUGUCAUGUUUUCAUGCAACGAAUUCUUCCUAUAGCUCUCAUAGAAUUGUUACCGAAUAAUGUUUGGCAACUAAUAACAGAACUUAGCAAUUUCUUAAGAGAACUUACUUCAACUACACUUACUAAUUGGGACAUGCAACGGUUAAAUGAACAAAUUCCUGUAAUCCUUUGUAAGCUUGAACGAGUAUUUCCUCCAAGUAUGUUUGAUUCGAUAGAACAUUUACCAGUACACCUUGCAUAUGAGGCAUUAAUUGCAGGACCAGUACAAUAUCGGUGGAUGUACCCAUUUGAGAGAUACCUAAGAAAGUUAAAGAACAAUGUCAAGAAUAAAGCAAGGGUUGAAGGUUCAAUAUGCAAUGCUUCUGCGCAUUAUUUUGAAGCACAUGUAAUGACCAGACAUCGAAAGGUUCCACGCAACUUGCAUGAAUUUGUCUCCGAUCAUGAUAUACCAGAUGCAGCUAUUGAUGAAAAACUGGAGAGAGAGUUUGGCCAAUGGUUUUACAAGUACGCGCAUGAGUUGCAGAACAAUGUAGAAAAUCAUAUUAUACAAGAUCUUUCAAAGGGACCACUUAGAAGUGUCACAACUUUUGAUGGGUAUUGUGUUCAUGGAUGUAAAUUCAACACAAUCAAUGAAAAUUCAAGUAGUAAGUCAAUGAAUUUUGGUGUAUGUAUAAAAGGGAGUAAUUACAGUUCUAAAGAAAGUGACUACUAUGGACAGUUGGUUGAGGUGUUGCGGUUGGAGUAUCCAGGGUUACCAAUUAACCGGACUGUGCUUUUCAAAUGUGACUGGUUUGAUCCAACACCAAAUACGGGCACCAAGAUGCAUAGAGAGUAUAGAUUAGUCGAUGUCAACAACAAGCGUAGAUACAGUAAGUACGAGCCAUUUGUAUUAGCCUCUCAGGCAACACAAGUUGUUUAUGCUUCAUACCCGAGCAAGCAUCAUGACAAAAAUGAUUGGUGGGCUGUGAUGAAAGUUAAAGAUAGACCCGUUGUUGAAGUAUCUGAAACGUCUUCAAAGACAUAUGAACCUUUUCAAGAGGAAGAGAUUGAUUAUGCUGAAGUAAAUCUAGAUGAUAUUACUCAACAACACUGCCUCAAUGAUCCUUGUGGAGGAAUGACUGAGAUUCAUGAUGAUGUUUCGACAGAUGAAGAUGAGUUUCUUAGUGACCCUAAUUCUGAUGCAGAUGCAGAUGCAGAUGGUGAUAAUGAGUGCGAUUCGUAUGAAUCAGACUAA